UAUUUGGACCAAAUGAUCUUGUGAAUAAUAGCAGAAAUAAUACUUCUGGUGGUGACCCAUUGGCAGUUUUUAACAGACAAUCUUCCAAGCUUAGUCAAUUGAAAGAUUAUAAAACAAGAAAUAAUCUAAGAUUUAAAAUAAUUCUAUCAGUCAUGCUACCGACUGAUUGGAAUAAUUUAACUGGUUUCUUUAACCUUAAUAAUUGGGUAUAUGAUCCGAAUAGUGCUCGAAAUUCGAAAUUCGUUAAUGAUUUAACUAGUAUUGUUAAUACUCAAGGUUUUGACGGA